AUGACGGACAAAGAUUCGCUCUCAGCUGCUAUCACCGCUCAAGGGGAUGUUGUUCGUAAACUCAAAUCGUCUGCGAUUAAGGAUAAGCAAAAGCAAACAUGGCCUGAUAAUCUGAGAUUAGUUUCCUUGUCUAGAGGUAUUCGAAAUAUCUUGACAAGUGCCCAAGCGUUUGAACGUAGAGAUGAACAAAUGCGGGCUCACCAGCGGCUCGCACAGAUCAACGAGGAAGUACAAAAGCUACUAUCGCUAAAAGAAAAACUUACGCAGCUAAACUUAGCGGACUGUGAUGAAGAGCAAACUGCGGUUAAGACAGGAAAAAAAGUACCAGAAGUUGCCACAGGAAGUGAGUCUUCUGGCAAUCGAAAUCUGUCGCUAAAAACACCCAAAGGGACACGCGACUACGGGCCAGAAGCGAUGGCACUCCGGCAACGUGUGCUUGAUCAAGUGAUUCGCGUAUUCCGUAAGCAUGGGGCUGAAACUAUUGACACACCUGUAUUCGAGUUGAAGGAGGUGCUUACUGGAAAGUAUGGAGAAGACUCGAAAUUGAUUUAUGAUCUUAAGGAUCAAGGCGGUGAAAUAUUAGCUUUGCGAUAUGAUCUUACCGUACCAUUCGCUCGUUACGUUGGCAUGGGAAAUGUUUUCAACAUCAAACGAUACCAUAUUGCAAAGGUUUAUCGGCGAGAUAAUCCGCAAAUCACUCGUGGCCGGUACCGCGAGUUUUACCAGUGUGAUUUUGACAUCGCUGGUACAUACGAUCCCAUGCUACCCGACGCUGAGUGCGUGAAAGUGGUGUGCGAAAUUCUCACCGAAUUAGCUGUGGGCGAAUAUGUGGUAAAGCUGAAUCAUCGAAAAAUUCUCGACGGAAUGUUCGAAGCGUGCGGUGUUCCGUCGGCUAUGUUCCGUACGGCGUGCUCAUCUGUCGAUAAACUAGACAAGACACCAUGGGAAGAAGUGCGACGCGAGAUGAUCGAAGAGAAGGGUCUGUCGGAAGAGACAGUUGACCGAAUCGGCAAGUACGUCACGUUGCAUGGUGGUCCGGAACUAGUAGAUCAGCUUAUGCAAGACGCGCAGCUCCAGUGCAUCCCUAGCGCAAUGGAUGGUCUUCAGGAUAUGAGAUUGUUGUUAAAAUAUUGCGAAAUCUUGAAGGUAGUUGACUGCGUGUCAUUUGAUCUCAGUCUCGCUCGUGGUCUCGAUUAUUACACUGGCGUUAUUUAUGAAGCAGUCUUGCAAGGAAGCUGCUCUGAUCCAAAUGACGAAGUGACCGUAGGUUCAGUGGCGGGCGGCGGUCGAUAUGAUAACCUGGUUGGCAUGUUCAACCCGAAACGUAAGCAGGUUCCUUGCGUGGGUGUUUCUAUCGGUGUUGAACGGAUUUUCUCUGUCCUCGAAGCGCAAGCAGCCAAGAAAACGCGUACAAACGAAACAGAAGUGUUUGUUGCUUCGGCCCAUAAGGGUUUGCAUCUUAAAAGGCUUGAUGUGCUGAACAAGUUGUGGGCAGCUGGAAUCAAGGCCGAACAUUCGUACAAGCUUAACCCAAAGCUGCUUGCCCAGUUGCAGCAUUGUGAGGAAUAUCAAAUACCAUAUGCAAUCAUACUCGGCGAUGCCGAAUUGUCCCGUGGUGUUAUCAAGUUGCGGGAAAUUGCCUCUCGGAAGGAAGAGGAGGUUACCCUCGAUUCAUUCAUCGACGAGAUUCGCAGUCGGUUGCUUGCAGACAAUUCUUAAAUCAUCAGGAUAAGUUCAGCCAAUGAGUUAUGCUCAUCGUUGAUCGAUUAAUUUUCCGUGAUAGCUUGCAUUUUGUUAGACCAUGAACGCAAAUACUUGCUUGAUUUAAUAUAUUUGCACAUAUCAGAAAACUUUGACCUAUAAUCUUAAGUUUUUGCUACAAACUGCCAAUAUUUUGCAUUGAAACAACUAGCCCUGUCAGAUCCUGCUUUUGCACAGAAUAUUCUUUAUUAAAUCAGCUAAAGCUUCGUACACAAUUCGCUGUUUGUAACU